AUGUCUAGCUUUGUGGGAGUUCUUGUUUCUGAUCAAUGGCUUCAGAGCCAGUUCACGCAAGUCGAGCUUCGCAGCCUCAAAUCCAAAUUCAUAGCGACGAAGAAUCUGAACGGCAAAGUCACGGUUGAAGAUCUACCGUCUUUGAUGAUUAAGGUGAAGGGCAUCAAUGAAACAUUUGAUGAAGAGCAGAUUAGGCAAGCAAUAGGAGAAUUACACCCUGAUACGAAUAAUGAAAUAGAUUUUGAAGGUUUUCUCAGGUCUUACUUGGAUUUACAAAGUAGAGCCAAUGUCAAGAAGGGAAAUUCAAAAGAUUCAUCAUCAUUCCUGAAGGCCACCACGACAACCCUUCUUCACACUAUAAGUGAAUCCGAAAAGGCUUCAUAUGUUGCUCAUAUCAACAGUUACCUGAGGGAUGAUCCAUUUCUGAAGCAAUUCCUUCCAAUUGACCCCUCUUCAAACGCUUUAUUUGAUCUUGCUAAGGAUGGUGUCCUAUUAUGUAAGCUGAUCAAUGUUGCAGUACCUAAUACAAUAGAUGAACGUGCUAUCAACACAAAAAGAGUAAUCAAUCCAUGGGAAAGAAAUGAGAACCAUACACUAUGUCUCAACUCUGCAAAGGCGAUUGGAUGCACAGUAGUCAAUAUUGGCACUCAGGAUCUUGUUGAGGGAAGACCUCAUCUGGUGCUUGGAUUAAUUUCUCAAAUUAUAAAGAUUCAACUAUUGGCAGAUCUCAACCUCAGAAAAACACCCCAGCUUGUAGAAUUAGUGGAGGACAACAAUGAUGUUGAGGAGCUCAUGGGUCUUGCUCCAGAAAAAGUUCUUCUGAAAUGGAUGAAUUUCCAUCUCAAGAAAGCUGGCUACAAGAAAAAUGUGUCAAACUUUUCUUCUGAUUUGAAGGAUGGAGAGGCAUAUGCCUAUUUGCUUAAUGUGCUUGCCCCAGAACACUGCAGUCCCAUCACCUUAGAUACAAAGGACCCAACUGAAAGGGCUAAUUUGGUUCUUGAGCAUGCAGAGAAAAUGGAGUGCAAGAGAUAUCUAUCUCCCAAGGAUAUCGUCGAGGGAUCGACCAAUUUAAAUCUUGCUUUUGUUGCACAAAUAUUCCACCAAAGGAAUGGCUUGUCUACAGACAGCAAAAAGAUAUCUUUUGCAGAGAUGAUGACGGAUGAUGAGCUAAUGUCCAGAGAAGAGAGGUGCUUCCGCCUGUGGAUCAACAGUCUCGGAAUUACUUCUUAUGUCAAUAACUUGUUCGAAGAUGUUAGAAAUGGGUGGGUUCUUCUGGAAGUGCUGGAUAAAGUUUAUCCAGGAUCGGUCAUCUGGAAGCAGGCAACAAAACCUCCUAUUAAGAUGCCAUUUAGGAAAGUUGAGAACUGCAACCAAGUUGUUAGGAUAGGAAAGCAGUUGAGACUCUCCCUAGUAAAUGUAGCUGGAAAUGAUUUUGUGCAAGGGAAUAAGAAACUUAUACUUGCUUUCCUUUGGCAGUUGAUGAGGUUUAAUAUGCUUCAACUUCUUAAAAACCUUAGAUCCCGCUUCCAAGGGAAGGAAGUUAGUGAUGCUGAUAUACUAAAUUGGGCGAACAAAAAAGUGAAGAGUUCAGGCCGGAAGUCCCAAAUGGAAAGUUUCAAGGAUAAGAGCCUUUCCAAUGGACUGUUCUUUCUUGAGCUUCUAAGUGCUGUUGAACCACGAGUUGUUAAUUGGAAUCUUGUCACAAAAGGUGAAACUGAUGAAGAGAAAAAGCUGAAUGCUACCUAUAUAAUCAGCGUUGCCAGGAAGCUUGGGUGUUCAAUUUUCUUGUUGCCCGAGGAUAUCAUGGAGGUGAACCAAAAAAUGAUCCUCACCCUAACUGCAAGUAUUAUGUACUGGAGCCUUCAGCAACCUGCAGAAGAAUCUGAUUCAUCCCCGGGAGCCAUGAGCCGUGGGCCUUCGCCUGAACCACCCGAGACACUGACUCCUGGAGCAGAAGACGACAGCUCCACUGUUUCUGAAAUAUCACACCUCACAGUUGAUGACUUUGAGGCAACGGCAGCAUCAGAAGAUACUGUAACGGAUGAUCAAGCUGGCGACAUUACAACAUCAUCUGAAGCUGCCGCAAGCAACAGAGACUCGACUGAAAAUGUGAGUGGUUGUGCGACGCGCUGGAUCGAGCAGCUUCAAUUGUUCACCGGGAAGCUUCGCUGGUCGCCGGAUUUCUCUGGUAACAGUAUCAGAUUCUUAUAG